AUGCGGCACACUCCAGGAAAUCCAUCCGUCCGAUCAGCUUUAGAACGUGCCGAGUCCGUCUCGCCCACUGUCCCGUCUCCGAUUUGCUCAACCGCUACCACAAGAUUCAGAUGGACAAAAGGAGAGGGGAGGGUCUCUUUUACUGGGGCACAGAGAGAGUCGGUGACUUGCAAGGAGCAUCUAGUGCAAGUUCCUGAAGAAGGGUUAAGAAGCUGCUUUCUGUCACCCCUUACACAGAACACGCCCCCCCAAGUGUUACACGUGUGGUGCUUUUGCUCUCCAGAUUUCCUCUUCAAGUUCCUUGUGAUAGGAAGUGCGGGGACUGGGAAGUCCUGUCUCCUCCAUCAGUUUAUCGAGAGUAAAUUCAAGCAGGAUUCCAACCACACGAUUGGCGUGGAGUUUGGGUCGAAGGUCGUCAAUGUCGGGGGGAAGACGGUGAAACUGCAGAUCUGGGAUACGGCGGGACAGGAACGGUUCAGGUCGGUGACCAGAAGUUACUACCGCGGCGCUGCCGGGGCCCUGCUGGUGUACGACAUCACCAGGUGGGUGCCUGGGCAGCUCCCGCAGGCGGGGCCGGGCUGUGGGGGUGUCCAGGGCUCCCUGGCCGGGGGUUCGGGGCAGAGCGGGGCCCGUGGGCGGGCGAGGCUGCUGCGGAGCCUGAACCUCCAGCCUCAGCCAGGAGGGGAACUCCCUGCCGCUGCUCUCGCCCCGGCAGAGCUCAUGUUCCUGGAGACCAGCGCGCUGACCGGGGAGAACGUGGAGGAAGCGUUUCUAAAAUGUGCAAGGAACAUCCUGAACAAAAUCGAGUCCGGUGAGCUGGACCCCGAGAGGAUGGGCUCCGGGAUCCAGUACGGCGACACCUCCCUGCGCCACCUGAAGCAGCCCCACGGGGCCCAAGCACAGAGCAAGCCGCCCUGCAGCUGCUGAGGUCGCCUGU